AUGGUUCAAUCCUCCGUCUUGGGUUUCCCUCGUAUGGGAAAGCUCCGUGACCUCAAGAAGGCCACUGAGGCUUACUGGGGUGACAAGAUCUCUCGUGAUGAGCUCUUGGCUGAGGGAAAGAGACUCCGUCUGGAGCACUGGAAGCUCCAGAAGGAUGCUGGUGUUGAUGUGAUCCCCAGCAACGACUUUGCUUUCUACGAUCAGGUCCUCGACCACAUCCAGCUCUUCGGUGUCAUCCCCGAGCGCUACAGCAAGUACAACCUCCACCCCCUUGACGAGUACUUUGCCAUGGGUCGUGGUCUUCAGAAGCCCGCCAAGGAUGGUCAGGCCGCCAUUGAUGUCCCCAGUCUGGAGAUGGUCAAGUGGUUUGACUCCAACUACCACUACGUCAAGCCUACCCUCCAGGACAACCAGACCUUCAAGCUGGCUGAGCAGCCCAAGCCUGUCGUUCAGUUCCUCGAGGCCAAGGAGGCUGGCGUUGUCACUCGCCCCGUCAUCCUGGGUCCUGUCUCUUUCCUGACCCUCGCCAAGGCUGACCGUGGUCAGUCCGUGGACCCCAUCACCAAGAUUGAGGAGCUCCUCCCCGUCUACGUUGAGCUGCUCCAGAAGCUCAAGGAGGCUGGUGCUGAGGAGGUUCAGAUCGAUGAGCCUGUCCUCGUCUUCGACCUCCCCGCCAAGUCCAAGGCUGCUUUCAAGCCCGCCUACGAGAAGCUCGGUGCCCUUGGUGCCCAGGCUCCCCGUCUGGUCCUUGCCACCUACUUCGGUGACAUUGUCCACAACCUUGAUGUCUUCCCUGCCCUCCAGAGCCUCCACGGUAUCCACAUUGACCUCGUCCGCAACCCUGAGCAGCUCGACGCUGUUGUUGCUGCCCUUGGCCCUAAGCAGAUUCUGUCUGCUGGUGUUGUUGAUGGUCGUAACAUCUGGAAGACCAACUUCAAGGCUGCCAUCGAGAAGGUCGAGCUGGCCAUCCAGAAGCUCGGCAAGGAGCGCGUUGUUGUUGCCACCUCCAGCUCCCUCCUCCACGUUCCCCACACUCUCGAGAGCGAGAAGACCCUGGACCCCGAGGUCCGCGACUGGUUCAGCUUUGCUGUGCAGAAGCUUGACGAAGUUGUCGUGAUCGCCAAGGCCGUCACCGAGGGCCCCGCUGCUGUCCGUGAGCAGCUCGAGGUUAACGCCAAGUCUGUCCAGGCUCGUGCUUCCUCCAAGCGCACCAACGACCCCAAGGUCAAGGAGCGCCAGGCUGCCGUCACUGAGGAGCAGCACAACCGCCAGUCUCCUUUCUCCACUCGUAUUGCCGAGCAGAGCAAGUCCAUCAACCUCCCUCUCUUCCCUACCACCACCAUCGGAUCCUUCCCCCAGACCAAGGAGAUCCGUAUCCAGCGCAACAAGUUCACCAAGGGUGAGAUCACUGCCCAGGAGUACGAGAAGUUCAUCGAGAAGGAGAUCGAGGAGGUCGUCAAGAUCCAGGAGGAGCUCGACCUGGACGUUCUCGUCCACGGUGAGCCCGAGCGUAACGACAUGGUCCAGUACUUCGGUGAGCGUCUCACUGGUUACGUUUUCACCACCCACGCCUGGGUUCAGUCUUACGGCUCCCGUUGCGUGCGCCCCCCGAUCAUUGUCGGUGACAUCUCUCGUCCCGCUCCCAUGACCGUCAAGGAGUCUAAGUACGCUGUCUCGAUCUCCAAGAAGCCCAUGAAGGGUAUGCUUACCGGCCCCAUCACUUGCUUGCGCUGGUCUUUCCCUCGUGACGAUGUCCACCAGUCCGUCCAGGCUCAGCAGCUCGCUCUCGCUCUGCGUGACGAGGUUGUUGACCUCGAGACUGCCGGCGUCAAGGUCAUCCAGGUCGACGAGCCUGCUCUUCGUGAGGGUCUCCCCCUCCGUGCUGGCAAGGAGCGUGAGGAGUACCUCAAGUGGGCCGUCCGUGCCUUCCGUCUGGCCACCUCUGGUGUCACCGACGGUACUCAGAUCCACUCUCACUUCUGUUACUCUGAGUUCCAGGACUUCUUCCACGCCAUCGCUGCGCUGGAUGCCGAUGUUCUGAGCAUUGAGAACAGCAAGUCGGAUGCCAAGCUGCUCAAGGUCUUCAUCGACGAGGCCUACCCCCGUCACAUUGGACCUGGUGUCUACGACAUCCACUCUCCCCGUGUUCCCAGCGAGCAGGAGAUCAAGGACCGCGUCGAGGAGAUGCUUCAGUACCUCCGCCCUGAGCAGCUUUGGAUCAACCCCGACUGUGGUCUGAAGACCCGCCAGUGGCCCGAGACCAAGGCUGCCCUGACCAACAUGGUCAACGCUGCCAAGUUCUUCCGUCAGAAGCACGGAAACUAA